AUGGCAAAUUAUCUUGAUUUUUCGGAUAGGCACAGAGAUUUAGAAAACUCCAAACUUCGAGUUUAUGCUAAAACUGCGGUACAUAGCAGUGUUGUUCAUAAAAUGCUUGUUUGUGCUUUAAGGGGCAAGGAACGUAAGGACGUUGUUUUCUCAAAGGAAACGGUGUUAGAACUUUUAGAGAUAACACAGGAAGGUGAUCUGAUUUCUAUUAUUGAACAACCCGUGUUUGGCACGAUAAAGGAUUUAGCUGUCCUCCGUUGUCACUUUUCGAGUCCUUUACUAUUUGAUCCGGUUAAUGGAACUGCACAAAUGCAUCUUGGAGAUGAUAUAUCUGAAUUACAGCAUCUUAGAGUGAUACCAGGGCAAGAUGUUCUAGUUUGUUUGUCCGAUUCUGGAGUUUUAUCAUUUAUAGCAUAUACAGAAUGUCCUUCAGCGAAUAUGCAUUUUAAUGAAGGCCAACAUAGUGUUCAUAAAGGGAAAAAAAAGGCUGCUACUCCAGUAAUUGGAUCAUGUGUUGAAACGUCUAGAAAGACUGGGAAGUUUCAAAUAAUAAAAGAGAUUCCUUUGUCGCAACCUGGUUUUGACUAUCAAAAACUUGGCCGAUUAGUGUGCAUAGAUCCUUCUGGUUGUCUUAUUGCUGUGGCUGCAUGGCAGAAUAUAUUCCAAUUGUUUUCAUUACAUCGUGGUCCAAAAGUCUCUUUUGAUCAAAUAAGUCAGACAAAAGAAUAUCCACAAAGCGGAAUAAUAUGUAGUAUGACAUUUUUAUAUCCAUCAGAUAAGACGCGAAUCCUAUUGGCAAUGACCGUAUAUGACGAUUUAGAUAAGCAAACUAGCAUUGUAAUAUAUCAAUUUUGGGCAGAAGACGCUCCUGAAAGAAAUAUAACUUCAUUUUCUAAAUUACUUUUACGCAAAGACGAACCACCUCCAUUACAUCUUAUACCUCUUCCGAAUUAUCCUGAAUGUUUUUUGCUAGUUAAUGUGCGAAUUAUUGAACGUGAAACUUGUUUUAUUCAAGCAAAACGAAUUAUGAAUGGAAUUACUGAUUUUUAUCGAGAACCAUUACCUUUUCCCGAAUUUCUUAUGACUGCGUUCGCUUAUCCUGCGGAUGCAUUUGUGUCGAAACAUUCGUCUCAACAAUAUGUUUACGCCGGUAAAGAAAAUGGUGACUUCUAUCGAAUUGACAUAAUUUCAGACGUCCAGAUCGUGUAUACCCUUUUGCAGAAGGGAUUAAAUUCAAUUGGAACCGCUAUGUCCGUGCUAUGCUUUGACCCUAAUGUUGGGGAAUUUGUCAUUAUAAGCGGGGAAAUGAGCGAUGGUGCAGUUGUCCUUGUUUGUCCGGAUUCCAAGACAAAAAUAACUUGUGAUAUACCCAAUUGGGCACCAAUAUUAGAUUUCCAAAUGCUGGAUCUCCAUCAAGAGCGUCAUGAUGUUAUUUUUACUUGUAGCGGACGUGAUAAAUACGGUUCUAUUCGAGAAUUAAGAAAAGCUGUCGGUGUCAAUGUAAUAACACGAACGGGACCUGAUUUUCAUGGAGUCAAUGCGCUUUGGAAUUUAAAGUACAGUAAUGAUGAUAAAGCUGAUUCUUUCUUGGCUCUGUCAUAUGCCAAUUCUACGCGUCUAAUGAAUGUUAGUCAGGGGGAAUUACAUGAUAUUAGUGAAUACAGUGGGCUUGAUUUGGAAGUGAGCUCCUUAUGCGUCGCUUCUUUUGGUUCCGCUCCCGGUUUUGUAGUUCAAAUCCAUCGUUUAGAAAUUGUUGUAUCUAAACCUAAUGUAGGAUUGGAAGCUAUGGUUGAAAAUACAUAUGUCACUUCAAGCCGGUGGACGCCACCCGAAAACACAGUCAUUGAUGUUGCUGCGGUAUAUGAUUCGAUCGUCGUUAUUGGCUUAUCAACCGUCAACGGAAGCAUCAUCAUCCUCCUUCGCUUAGAUCUCGAUGAUAUCACUUUUUCAUUUGACUCAAGUGCUCUUGUGCCUUAUCCUCUCUGUGUUAUUGGGACGUUUAAGCAAAGUAUUAAGUUCUUAUCAUUAAAUCCAGAUAAUUAUUUAGAAAUGUUACAUGAGGAGCUUUUGGUGGAUUAUUCUAUUAUGAAAGUCAACAUACCUGAGUCUGCAUGUUUUAUUGGAAGUAUAGAGAAACCGUUCUUCUUAGUUGGACUUAGGGAGGGUACAGUCAUUUAUUAUCAAUGGUCUUGGUCUUUAGCUGAGAACAAACCACAUCUCGCAAACCCGGUGGUCAGACGAAUUGGCACAUUACCUGUCAAGUUUAUUGUACCUGAUUCAAGUCAAACAGCAUUCAUUGGAGAACAAAGCGAUUCCAACACUGUGCUGGCAUUAUCGGACAGACCCUGGCAUAUAGAGCAUUCACAUCAUACCGGAUUGAAUUUUGUAUGCGUGGCAUUUGAGCAUUAUGAGCAUGUGCAAGAUGCCACAGUUUUCCGUUAUGCUGAUUUAUCACAGGGUUAUAUGUUUAUUUCGCAAAACUGUCUCAAUUUCGUACAAUUAAAUAAUUUCACAAAAAACAAUAUAAGAACGAUACCUGUACUAGACACACCACGUAGAUUGUUUUAUGAUGAUUUCAAUAAAUUAUUAGUAGUCGCAUGCACAAGUUGUAAAGAUGACUCUCUCAUUUCUGUUUUAAAACUUAUCGAUCCAGUAAAUGGAGAUAUCAUACACGAAUUUAAAAUGCAGGAUGAAGACUAUCCUGACAACUUUGAAGCAGUUUAUUCAAUCACAGGAUGGCAGUUCACAAUUGAAAGACAAGAAUAUCGUUGGAUAUGCGUUGGGAUUGGUGUACAUGAUGCAGAAGAAAGGCAUAUGAUCGGGAAAAUUGCGCCCACAGGGGGGCGGCUUAUGAUUUUUUUGAUAAAAAAAACACCGGUUGUCCAAGGCUCUGGAUUUAAAUAUGAAUUACGGAAAAUCAACGAGAUUGAUGUUAAUGGAGCUGUUCAUGCAAUAUGCCCAUUGAGUGAGACAUUAAAAAAGGUUCAUAGUAAGGAACUUCGGUGGCCUAUUUUGUCAAUAAAUGCUUAUGGAAAUCGAAUAUGCGUUGGAACGCAAAAAGGAUCUCUGACAUUUUAUGAUUUUAAUCCUGAGAAAGAACUUGAACCAUUUACUUUCUUAAAAACAGAAAGAUUGACACGUUUAAUUUCCGAUUCAAUUAUGCUAAACGAAAAUUUGGCAGUUGGGGCUGAUAAAUGUGGAAAUAUAUUCGGUUUAUUAUAUAAUAAAGAUGAUCCAAGUAUUGAACCAUGUUUGGAACCAGUUUUUUCAUUUCAUGAAGCUGAAAUUGUUUCACGGUUACGUGUUGGAUAUCUCGGCUAUCGAACGGAAACGAUAAAUAAGCUCUCAGAAGCGUCGUCGGACCACAAUUCUGAAGUCAAAGCGCUUGAUGAUUUGGGAUGGGAUAUAAACCAUGAUCUUACAUAUCCAGUUGCAACAAUAAUUGGUUGUUCUCUUCUUGGAAGUGUACUUCUUUUCAUGCGAAUCAGUAUAAAAUCAUAUCAGCUUUUGUCUGCUUUACAAUCCGUUCUUGAAAAAUGGCCGUCGACACGUAAUAAUAACGUAAGAUUUAGAUCAGAUAGUAAUAAGACCAACUCUAUCAACGUUAUUAUUGAUGGCGAUAUGGUAUCCCAAUUUUUACGUUUGUCUCGAUAUGAACAACUUAGAGUUAUUGAGCACAACCCGGAAUUAAUCAAGGCUGGGUCAACUUUUAUUCAUGGGGAUAAAUUUGAGUCAUACGAAUAUGAAAAACAAACACGAGACACUUUAGAAUAUCCUUAUGAUAUGGAAGAUCAACCCAUGACUCCAGAACAUGAAGAUGACGAUAUGUAUAUUGAAGACGUACAUGAUUUUGAUGAUACUUUAGAUAUGAUUAGAGAAACGAAAUUUUAUAGAGAUAAUGUUAGAUCGGUCUCGGUAGAAGAAAUAGUAGAAGCCCUGCAGCUCGUAUUGUCGGAGUUAAAUAUGCAGGUUUCAUGA